AUGACGCGUCAUCUAAAAGUGAAACUGGGCCGUGGCUGUCACGCAGAUGCAUUGCAUGUGCACUAUUGCAGUAGCAAUAACAUAAGUUUAAAAACAGAGAUAACGGUCACAGCAACAUGCGUUGGAGCAGAGAGCACCAAUCAAGAGCUAGUUGAGAAAAGAAUCGGACGGCGGGCCAAAAGAGAAGCAAUAUUAAUAACUGGGUAUCCACCAAAUAACUUCAAAAUGAGUAACUCUAAUCAACGGGCAACUAAGCUAAGAUACUGGCAUAAGAAGCCGAAACGUGGCUCCCUCAAACCCGCAUAUGGGCCACCGCCAUCUUCCCCUAACAGAUUAUCCGUCAAAAAGUAUAAGAAAAAACAGUUACGGUCUAAGUAUAACAAAUAUGGUAAACGAAAUGCAAAACCAAGAUACCCAUCGGCUAAUCCCUAUUAUGGUCUAAGAUCGCAGCGGCCGUCUAAACCACGGCCACCGCAACCUGUCUACCCACAAGAACCUGUUGGCUUUGGUGAACCUCCUAAAGAAUUAGCACAAGAAUAUGUGCAACCACCGAAACAAAGCUACGGAGAACCUCCUGUAGACUCUUAUGGAAAUCCCUUAUCAAACAAUAUUCCGUCAGGAUUAUCAACCUUUGAAUACUCUAAUCCCAAUUUCUCUGAAUUUGACCAACAUCAGUUCCAAUCACUGCGAAGUUAUAACCAAGAUGCACACAUUGAUACUAACAACGCCUAUUCAAAACAUCAUCCGGUUUACGCCAAGCCCGAACCAGAAGAAUAUGAGCUCGCGGAGCCACAAAAGCAUACACAAUUUAAAUUUGAUUCGUAUGCGGAUGUCUACAAACACAGUCCUAUAAAUCCAAUAAAAGAAUAUCAGCCUGUCAAACAAAGUAUUAAACAUCAUGAACAUCACACGAACGAUUUCCACAAUGUUAAAAAAUAUAAACCUUUAAAAGGCAAGCCAAAGGCAAACGAGUACGAUAACCGUGAUCAUGUAGUUGUGGGAGGCCAGUAUGCAGAACCUCCUGGCCGUCUAGUACCAAACUACCACCACCAAGAUAACCCACACUACCAAGGGGACGAAGGUGACAGUUACGUUGAAUCGGCACUGAUAUCAUCCACGUCUAUAUCGCCAUAUAUUAACUAUAAACACAGUAAUAUGGCUUUCAGUCCGCAAAAUUUGAACGAUGCCUUCAGUCCUUUCUUUAACUGA